AUGCUCAGAGCGUCCUCUCUGGGCCUCACUCACUCUUCGUCUACGCGGACAUACCGAACUCUAGACCCUCGCAUAAUAUGGCACAAAAGCCCCAGUCUAUCCGCCGCCGCCUGUCGCCUCAUCCCACAACGCGCCAAGUUCAACCGUCUAUUAACGGCACCUGGUCCUCCGACUGCCUCUGUUCUUACUACCCGCAGUGCUCAUAUCGACAAUAUAUAUGCGAAAUGCGCAAGUGUCAGUCUUCAUUCGAACACGUUCAAGUGCACGCGACAUCCAACCCAAGAUUGCACCGAAACCAGGGAUAUUCGGAGCGCUCCCAUAGGACGCGAAGGACGUACACGAAGUGUCGCUGCGAGAUCUUGUGGAGAAGAAAACGGAGAAGACAUACGUAUCCGCCCUCUCAUCUUCGUAUAUGCCACACCGAAUAUCUCCUUGGCAUUUACACCAACAAACCCCAGACACUCUCUUGCAAAACACCAUCCAUCACACGACCGGAAUACGCCAUCCUAUAUACACUCGUCUUCAUCCCCACACCCUCAAGUUCGAAUGAACCUCGGAGACGAUGCACCAGACCUGUCUCUCGAGAUCGAAGCGCUUUUCAACCCUCCAGAACCCAGCUACAGCAUGCCAGCACCACUUCGUCCACAUCCCUCUCGUCGUUCGGGCAAACCCCUUAUCGACGAACGUACCCCUCGAGCUGGCACAAAGACUGGCGACCAGGGCGAUGUCAGUUUGUGCCCUGCUGUCGGAGUUGCUGACCGACGAGGCCAACUGCUGGACAUUAUCGCCCGUACAGACUCCGUAGAUGACGCUUGGAAAGCCUAUCACGAGCUUUCAGCGAUGUCACCCACAAGCGAUUCCAUCAGCUCAACGUCUGCACUUCUCGAAUCCGCGCACCAAUUAUCUCAUCCUUCCCCUGUCACAGAUCUCGCUCCUUCCAUUCAUCGCAAUAUUCCUUACCGUCAUAUACAUCGUCUUGCUCGCCUCAUCUGCACCAUGAAACCCACCCGCACGCGCUUCCUCCGCCUUCUCACCGUCCUCUCUUAUCUGCACCGCAUUGGCGGACAGGUCGCCAUUUGGGAAUGGAACGCUCUGAUCGAUUUUGCUGGGAGGCAUUGGCGGAAGAAACGAGCGGAGGACUUUAAAACGGCCCUCGACCUCUACCACGACAUGAUGAACGGACGCGAGCCCGGCGCGACUUUUCUUGCCAAUACCGAGGGCGAAGGUGCAAGGAGUUUCGACGACGAGUAUGGGUAUGAGACCGAAGUGGUGGACAAUUCUUCGCGAGGCAAGGUCGAGCCCGAUAUCGUCACUUACACCACGCUUCUGAACCUCGCGGGCCUUACGGGCGACCCGGCUCUCGUCCAAUAUGCCUCAUCACUGCUGGAACGGUCUGGCUGCAGGCCCAAUCUUCAUUCCCAUCUCUCCCUCCUUGGAUACUUCGUUCGGCGCGGUGAAAUUCGUGGUGUCCGCGAGACGCUGCUCAAGAUGCGGCAGCAGGGUGUAGAAGUGAAUUAUGUAAGCGUGAAUGCGAGCAUGUGGGCGUUCGCGUGGAACAAGAGACUGGAUGUCGCGAUGCGGAUUUAUAGGGUUAUGAGGUGGCAGUUGCAGGAGCAGAUGAGAAAGGCAGAGGAGUUCGAUGGUCACGGUCAAGCUCAAGCUGGUGUAUUGGGUCCCUCCAACGAAGGGAAGGGAGAAGGACCUGUGGCUGGGAACAGUCCUCGUAGCGCCCGUGCGCUGGAGGAGAUGCAUAGGGCCCAGGACGAGCUCUUGGAGAUCGAGAUGGAGAGAUCGUGGCUCCUCAGAGAGGAAAACGUCGUGAUUCCGUCUGAUGUGGUACCGAACAAGAUUUCAUACCUCAUGCUCAUACAAGCAUGCGCGUAUGACGGGAAGUUCACGAGGUGCUUGGAGGUAUUCGCGGACAUGUUGACUGCCCCUGCGGGAGUGGCGGACGAUGGUGUACCAAAAGCUGUCCAGAGGAUGCGGAAUUCCCUUUCAGGUGUUAGUCCGAAUGGACCGUUUAGGGACGGGGUUAGGCACGAAGCAGAGCCAGAGCCAACGUUUCAGCCCAACAUGACAUCGUUCCGCGCCAUUUUUAUCGGAUUCUUCAGACACACCCAAACACCAUCUCAGCCUCCGCGCCCGUCGUCCGCUUCGCUGACCAGACAACCUCCCGACGCCCAUUUCUCUAAUCCUCGACUAUCCUCUUAUUCCUGGUCCUCGUCCUCACUAUCUUCUCCUGCAUUCUCUUCGACAUCCCAAGAAGAUUGGAACCUCUCGAACCUCGAACUGCUUUUUCAAAGUUUCCUUGCGCUCCCAAAAGACAUCCAUCUCCGCGCCCCGGUUGUUUAUUGGAUUUUGAUGGCGUUCAGUAAGGCGAGCGGUCAUGAUUUAGAGGUCAUGGAAAGCGUGAUUCGAAGGUUGGAAGAGAGGUUCUAUAUUCCGUGGGGUGGUGGGAGAUUGUGGAGGAUCAGGGAUAGGGUGAGGAAUUCCGACGAUGGGCGGAAAGCUUCUAGGUGGCAGGAUGUACAGUAG